CAGACAGAAGAGUUAAAACAACAGAUCAAGGAACAGUCCGAACAGAUCAAAGAACAGUCCGAACGACAGACAGAAGAGUUAAAACAGAUCAAAGAACAGUCCGAACGACAGACAGAAGAGUUAAAACAACAGAUCAAGGAACAGUCCGAACGACAGACAGAGGAGUUAAAACAGAUCAAGGACCAGCUAAAACACGUAAAAUUGGAAGUGGCAGAACAGAGUGAAGAACAGUCAACAAGAAUAGAAAUGAUUGAGCAGCAACUUGAUCGUCAGACUGUUGAGGUAGAUCACAAGAUAGACAAAUUGAAGCGAGAAUUGGAGCAAUCCAAAAAAAUGGCCAUGCCGUUA